AUGCCGAUGCAGUCUCGCCUGAAAACUCGCAAGGCCUGUGCUCUCUGUCAUGAACGCAAGAUUAGGUGCGAUGGUGCAGCUCCAAAUUGCCGAAAUUGUCUCCGAGCGCAAGCCAUUUGUAGACCGCAUGAGAGGCGACGUCGCUUCACUGAUCGUCCCUCUUCUAGUGCCAAUGCAGACGACCAUCUCUCCGAGACUGCACGGAGGCUUGCCUGGUUAGAAUAUGAAAUUCAAAGAGUUUUUGGUGUUGAUAUCCGUCCGAUGAGCACAGGUACACCUUUGGACUGUCUCUCGCCCAACAAACGCGUUGAACGUGCAGAGGAUGACGUCCGGAUGGGAAUAUCUAAUGCCGCGCCUUCUCAGACUCCUCAUUAUCGCCCUUCAGUAUCUUCAAACGAAGAGCAACCCGAAAGACCUCACGACGUAGACCCAAAUAUAAGCCUGUUGGUGUUGAAUGCUACCGGUGAAGUCCGUUAUCUGGGUGCAUCGAGUGGCUCUUUCCUCGCCAAAUAUAUUGCAAAUGUUGCCCAGUCGUCUCUUUCAAGAAACCACAGACUUUGCUUUAGCUCGGAGGGGCGUGAAACGCCUUUGGUCUCGAAUUCCAAUAGGGAUUCUGUUUUUAUACCUACGAAUUGGAGAACUUCGGAGACAUUUCCAUUUCUCUUGCGCUGUUACAUGAGAUGGGUCAAUAGCAUAUAUCCGUUGUUCUCGGAUGACUAUAUUACAAUGCUGGAAUCGUUUAGUAGCUCGAGUAGUUUACCCGAGAAGAAUGGCGACGUAGCCGUCAUUUUCUAUCUGGUGAUGUCAAUAGGUGCCAUUCACUCCGAACAAGCGCACCUUCUCAACGAUAUACAGGGAGACACAGGCAUUCCGGCUUAUCAAGACGCAUCAAGUCACGGUCUGUCAGCGGAAACUCUCUACCAGAACGCUACAACUCUGCUAGAGUCUCAGAUCAAAGGCUUGACUCCUCGUAUUAAUCUAGUACAAAUUCUCAAUCUUAUAUCCAUAUAUGCAUCUCAUCGACCAUCCGAUAAUAAACAGUGGCAUGUGGGGGGAAUAGCUAUGCGACUAGCAAUUGAACUAGGCCUGCAUCGGCAUAUUGACAGCUGGAAAUUUACCGCCGAUGAAUCUGAGCUGCGGCGUCGGGUAUUCUGGACCACCUAUGCCAUUGAGAUUACUCUGGCUUUUAACCUUGGUCGACCAGCGAGUAUCUCCUUUGAAGAUGCCGAUGUGCCAUUCCCUAAAGCAACAGAAGAUAUGAUUAUGCCCGUUCAUCAUAUCAGACACCGGCAGAUUCAGGAACAGAUGUUGUUUCAAGUCUAUCGUGGGAGGAAGGACAAUGCUUUCCCUACAACUGAAGCGCGAGAAUCUGUCCUGAGUACGCUGCAAAAAAAAUUGGACAGAUGGCACCAAGAUCUGCAUGAUCUUCAUUCACGUUCCACAUCGCCGUAUCCCGUAGAGUACUGGGAUCGGCUAUACUACUCUACAUCUGCUGCACUUUGUCGACCAACCCCUCUUCUUCUUCAACCCGGACCCCACUUGUAUGAACAAUGCUUUUUAUUCUCGGGGAAAGUAAUCGAUAUCUACGACAAGCUUAUCCGCCAGUUUCGUCUUCCCAAUUCAUGGAUGUUGCUACAGGGUCUCACACUUUCAGCAGUCUCAAUGAUUGUGACAGCCAGAAUCAACGUACAUGCUUUGUCUAGGAGAGUUGGGAUUGAGAAUCUCCUGGACAAUUUGACUACAUGUGUCCGCAAACUCUAUGUGGUCACGGCUGUAAUGAGAGAGAGAUGUCCUGCCUUUGCAACUAACAAUCUAGAGGAUUUAAUCGAUAAGCUGUCUCGAGAUACUGUCCGGCAUAUCAUUAGCCUGACAGUAAACGAAGGAUCUACAAGUACAUCGUUACAAAAUACGCCAAACCAUAAUGCAGUGCUGCCAGCGACUCCGUCAAUGCCCCAUUUAGGACCUAGUGGGGACGAGCCAUCAAGUCCCUCUGUUGCAUGUGUUGAUCACAUGCAACAUGAUUCAAAUAGCCUGGGCAGCUUAAUGAACGCUGCAUCUGGUCAGCAAGCACUACACACAUCACACCCAGUAAUCGACCCGGGACUUUUGGGAUUCGAUUCUGAUGCAAAUUGGGGUUUAUUUGAUAACUUGUUUGAAACUAAUGAACUGCAGGCUGUAUUAGACUUGUUUUCCGGCGAGCAAAAUACCCAUCUCUUUCAUUAA